GGAGGAGGACGACGGCGGGAGGAAUGAGACGUGAAACGUGAUGACGUAGGGACGCUCCGGGAAACGCUGCCGCUGCGCGAGGGGAGUCUCGCGCCGCGCUCCCCGCCAGCCCUCUUCCCCCCCCGCCCCUCCUCCUCCUCCGAACGUUCUCUCCCCGCCUCCUCCCACGUCGGCCGUUUCCUGCCUGUCUGGCGGCGCGGGAGCUGAUUGGUGGGCGGGGCGGGCGGACGGGCGCGCGGUUGCCAUGGCGCUGGCGGCGGGCCCCGGGCCUGGCUGUGGCGGCGGCGGGGCGGCGGCGAUGCCGGCGGCGGCGGCGGGCGAGACGAAGGUGAUCUACCACCUGGACGAGGAGGAGACGCCCUACCUGGUCAAGAUCCCCGUCCCGGCCGAGCGCAUCACCCUGGGCCACGUCAAGGCGGCCCUCGCCCGGCCAGGAGCCAAGUACUUCUUCAAGAGCAUGGACCAGGACUUCGGGGUUGUGAAGGAGGAGAUCUCCGAUGACAACGCAAAGCUCCCUUGCUUCAAUGGCAGAGUCGUUUCCUGGCUUGUGUCAUCUGAGAACCCCCAGCCUGAGCUCCCUCCCCCUCCCCCUCCUCCCAUAGAGGUACGACCAGAACCUUCGCCACCGCCACCACCCCUUCCUCCAUUGCCCGUGGAGCGGACUAGUGGCAUUGGGGAUUCCCGACCCCCUUCCUUCCACCCAAACAUCUCCAGCAGCCACGAGAACCUGGACCACGAAACUGAGACUGAGUCGGUUGUGUCGCUGAGGCGGGAGCGGCCACGCCGCAGGGAGAGCAUGGAGCACGGAGGUGGGCACCGGCUAAACGGGCAGUCCCGCAUGGAGCGGCACCUGGCUGGGUAUGAGAGCUCCUCCACCCUGCUGACCAGCGAACUUGAGACCACCAGCCUCUGUGACUCUGAUGAUGAUGACACCAUGAGCAGGUUCAGCAGCUCCACGGAGCAGAGCAGCGCCUCUCGCCUCCUCAAGCGCCACCGUAGGCGGCGGAAGCAGCGCCCGCCACGUCUGGAGCGGACGUCGUCCUUCAGCAGCGUCACUGACUCGACCAUGUCUCUCAACAUCAUCACUGUUACCCUGAACAUGGAAAAGUACAAUUUCCUGGGCAUCUCCAUCGUGGGGCAAAGCAACGAGCGAGGGGACGGGGGCAUCUACAUUGGCUCCAUCAUGAAGGGUGGCGCGGUGGCGGCAGACGGCCGGAUCGAGCCCGGGGACAUGCUGCUGCAGGUCAACGACAUCAAUUUUGAGAACAUGAGCAACGACGACGCCGUGAGGGUUUUGCGGGAGAUUGUCCACAAGCCGGGCCCGAUUGUGCUGACAGUGGCCAAGUGCUGGGACCCCUCCCCGCAAGGCUAUUUCACCCUGCCUAGAAAUGAGCCAAUCCAGCCCAUCGACCCAGCGGCUUGGGUGUCCCAUUCAGCUGCCCUGACUGGGGCCUUUGCUGCCUACCCUGGGAGCAGCUCGAUGAGCACAAUCACCUCGGGGACCUCCGUCACUGAGACUGAACGCUUUGACGACUUCAACCUGUCCAUCCACACCGACAUGGCCUCCGUCACCAAGGCCAUGGCUUCCCCAGAGUCGGGCCUGGAGGUCCGCGACCGCAUGUGGCUCAAGAUCACCAUCCCCAACGCUUUCCUAGGCUCGGAUGUGGUGGACUGGCUGUACCACCACGUGGAGGGCUUCCAGGACCGCCGAGAGGCCCGCAAGUACGCUAGCAACCUCCUGAAGGCCGGCUUCAUCCGCCACACGGUCAACAAGAUCACCUUCUCCGAGCAGUGCUACUACAUCUUUGGAGACUUCAGCGGCUGCGAAAACUACAUGGCCAACCUCUCCCUCAACGACAACGACGGCUCCAGCGGCGCCUCCGACCAGGACACCUUGGCCCCGCUGCCCUUGCCGGGCGCCACCCCCUGGCCUCUGAUGCCCACCUUCUCUUACCAGUACCCGGCGCCGCACCCCUACAGCCCCCAGCCCCCACCUUACCAUGAGCUCUCUUCCUACAGCUACGGCAUGGGGAGUGCCGGCAGCCAGCACAGUGAAGGCAGCCGGAGCAGUGGGUCCAACCGCAGUGACGGCGGUGGCAGUGGGGCUGGCCGAGGGGCCAGCAAGCCCAAGGAGGAGAAGGCGGGGGCUGACUCCAAGUCCGGCAGCGGCAGCGAGUCGGAGUACUCCAUCCGCAGCGGCAGCCAGCGCGGUGGGGUGACGGUGGGGCCCGGCGGGGAGGGGGCUUCCCAGCGCAGCCAGCACAGCCUGGGGGGUGGCAGCAUCCGUUCCCACCACUCCCUCCACGCGGCCUACGCGGCCCCAGGGGGCAUCCCCCUGGCUUACAACCCCAUGGUGGUCAUGAUGGUACCGCCCCCCGCCCCACCCUCAGCAGCUGCGGCCGCCGUCCAGCCCCCCGGGGCCCCUCCGGUGCGCGACCUGGGCUCGGUGCCCCCCGAGCUGACGGCCAGCCGCCAGUCGUUCCACAUGGCCAUGGGGAACCCCAGCGAGUUCUUUGUCGACGUGAUGUGAACUCGCUGGGGCCCCUGAGCCCCACCUUGCGCUCACCGCCGUGGCCUCCGUCCUCAGAGCCUUCCACAACCCUCUGACCUCUGCCGGGGCUUUGUGCCCCCCCCCCCACACACACACGCCACAAGAGAGCCUUUUGGAUGGACCCAAACAUUUGCUUCUUGCCACCAGUUGGCACAACGCUGACCGGCUGGUCCGCUGACUCGGCCAGAAGCAAUGUGGUCCCCAUCCACGGCAUGGCACUUUUGUGGCUCAGCUUAGGGCUCGCGUGACCCACGCCUGCCUUGCCAGCAUUUUUUCCUUCACCAGCAAAACCGUUUGCCUUCAUCCCGCGAUUAGCUGCUUGUCACACGUGGCCACAGGAGAUGGCUUGACAGGUCCUCUCUAGUUUAUUGCGCUCAGAUGGCUCCGCCUUCCAUAUUGUGAGCCGUCUUUUUAACCUUUUUUUUUUAGUACCGUGGCUGGCUUGGCCACUUUUUAAUCAUGUGACUCAGGUCUCUAGAAUCAUGUGACCUCUGCCUCCUGUUUUGUAUCUGCCUUGAACUGGUGUCCUCUGAAUUUUGGCCCCCCUCAAGUUCCGUGGUCAAGUGGCCACCUUGGAAUGUCACAUGACCCAGGGCAAUGGCCCAGGACUUCCUGUCACAUGACCUGAUCUGUUCUAUGGUUUUGUGAGCAGGUGAGUCUCGAUGCCUCCGCUUCUUAGUGGAAGAGUAGAUUCAUUUGAUCCCCAUCCCUGCACCCCACUUGAGGAUCCCCAAAAAAACCCGGUGUCAAUGAAGUGCUCAUUUUGUUUUGUGCUGUUUCGUUUAUUUUCUAUGAAAGAGGAAACUUUCUUAAUUUUUUUUAUUCGUGUUUUGGCGUUAAGUUGGUUCAUUUUUUAUUAAAAAAACCCACCUACCUUUUGUAUAAAAGUCUUCCCCCCUCCCGCCCCAGAUCUCAUUUUUACACUACAUCCCCACCCCACCCCAAAUGUGAGAUCAUUCUUUUUGGGUUUCUUUAUCGUGUGUUUCUAACACUACAACUCUUUGCAUUUUGAAGGGUUUACAACCAAAGUGUCACUGGCAACGCUUGAUUCCAGGGUCGCUGCCAGAAUUGUGCUCUUUGCCCUGUUUGUAAUAGAAAAUGUCUUUGUUUCCUUUGCAGCCUGUUGCUGUUUCAGCUGCUAAACUUUUCCAUCCCGUGUGGGGGGCGGAGGUAACUUGAGGCAAAAUCCCAACAUCCUUUGCCCCCCCCUUUCAAUCCCAGGGAAAGACCAGGCUAUUGAUGGGGGGUAGGAGUCCUUUUGGUUCUAGGGCCCAGAGUUCAGAUUCCAUCUUCAGGCUGCACAUCUUGCGAUGUAGGUGGGCAGGAGAGCAAACCUGCAAAUUGUCGUAGUAUGCCCUAAAACCAGGUUUUAUGGGGGCCCGGGCAGAUUGUGCCCGCUUUGCUCCUUCCCUCUCAAGCUGGGGAGAAAGAAACCACAAUUCCUGCCUUAGUAUUAUGUCCGACCCCAGGGAUUGUAGUCUCUCUAGCAUUGCCAUAUCUUAAGAGCAAAAAAGAGGACACCCCGAGCUGGAGAAAUAGGUGUGCGGGUACGAGCGUGCGGAGCCUCCCGAGCCCUUGCCUCCCCAAAAACCUGGACAUUUCCUUUUAAAUGUAAAAAUCCGCCCGGAUGGGCAUGUUGCCCCCCCCCCAAAAAAGAGGACAUAACUGGCUUUUCCCGGACAUAUGUCAACCCUACUCUAGGGCCAAAUAAGAAAGGAAUCUUCAUUUUUUUAAUCCCAGGAGCGAAUUGGGCUCAUGCAAAGUAAAGGCCUGGUUUUGUAGCUUUUGGAACACGCGAGUGAAUCGGGGUGGAAUAUUUUGGGGUGCGUGCAACACCUUCAGGGCCUUUCUAACCAGGGAUGCCCCAGGAUAAGAGCUGAGAGCUGAGAUUCCUCGAUACUUCCAUCCUCCCGGUUUCAGAAGCCAGGCCAAGGGACUCUUGCAGAAGGAAACCUUUUCCUCACCUGGAUGGGAAGGUGUUUCGGCCGGCUGUGCUGCGCCUCUCACCGUUUCCACACCCAAGUGCAGAGCAUGGAUGUUGAAAUUUGCCUCUUGUCACCUCCUGAGCGGUGCUAGGUAGUAUGUUGGUCUCGCUUCCUGUUCUCUCUCUCUUUUUAACUCUCCUGUCGCUGCUCCGUCCGGAGUUGUAGCAAUUCUAUCCCCUGAAUCCUGCAGUCUCUCAUCCGGGGAAGAAGGUAAAAAGUGGGAGGGAGGAGGAGAGGGAUUCAAACCCGCCCCCCGCCUCCCUCCCCAAACAGGGUACGAACUUCCUCUUCAAUGGUGCUACUUCCUUGCAGCCUGCACGUUCCUGCGAGUCUUUUGUCUCUAGGUUGCAGCAGGAGACACCCCCCUAGGGAUUGGGCCCCCCCUCUCGAGUAUUUAGCCCUCCCCUCUCUCUAGGGGCCUGGGUGUGUGUGUGCGUGCGUGUGAUCGGUAGCAGAUAACUAUUUUGUAAUAACAUAUUUAUUUUUUAGCUCUUUUGUGUACAAAAAAAACACCAUUCAGUAAUAAUUAAAAAAAAACACCUAAUAAAACCAAAGUGUGUCAAGUCGUGCGUUUUGUUUACGUGAUGCUCGGAGAGGUGUUUUUUU